ACCGCGACGGGGCUGGCCCGGAGGUUCCUUCACUGCUCGGGGCUUGAUUGCGAGCUUGGGCCUCCGAGGCGGCGGAGCUGCUUGGAUGUACCCGGCAUCAUACAGAUCUCAGCAAUACAACUCUGGCCUUCGACAUUUCUCGUCUAUCAGCACAGUGGCAUGCAACCUGGCUAUAAAGAAGGAAGACUUUCAGGGGAAAGAGGUUAACCUAUGUCUACAUGUCCCGAGUCUUCCUAAUGGGAUCUCAUUACCUUGUACUGUGGAUCACUCAGUGCCGGAAGAAAGUGUUUUGAAAUAUGAAGAUUACUUUUCAGCCUCAGAAAGACUUUCUUUGAAAAGAGAGUUGAGUUGGUAUAGAGGCCGAAGACCCAGAACUGCUUUUACUCAAAACCAGAUUGAAGUGUUGGAAAAUGUCUUUAGAGUAAACUGCUAUCCUGGCAUUGAUAUCAGAGAAGAUUUAGCUCGAAAAUUGAACCUAGAGGAAGACAGAAUCCAGAUCUGGUUCCAAAAUCGGCGUGCAAAGCUGAAAAGAUCCCAUAGAGAAUCACAGUUUCUCAUGGCCAAAAAAAAUUUCAACACAGAUUUCCUGGAAUAGAUAGAAAACUAAACAUGGGGAAUUAUCUUCCAAUUGUGGAAUAUAAAGAAUCAAUGGGGAUAUCAAGUGUUAAAAAUGUGAUGUUUUCUUUUCUGUGUUUAAUCUGAGUAUUGUCUUUUUUUUCUGAAAAUAUAUUGUAAAUAAUUACUAUUAUAACAUGGUACCUAUUAUACUUGGGCACUUUUAGUUACAAUAAAGGCCUUUCCUGUAUAUUUUAAUAAACAUUUUCAGAAAAAGCCAGCUAUUUUUUGUGAGCAAAUUUAAUCUAAUAAAUUAGUUUGCUAAAAUCAGUAAACUCAUGACUAAUUGACUCCACAAAUGGAUUCCAUUUACAAAAUAAUUCAAGUCAAAUAAUCUGAAGAAUGGCACAAAGGUGUGAUUUGUUUCAAUAAGUUUCCUUCAACUGCAUUUUGAAACAUUAUACUUAAAUAUAUUAGUGUGAUUUAUUCGUGAAUCUUUUGUUCCUCUUGAUUUCUGGCAGAAAACAGUGAGAAUUUCUCACCAUAUAUCAAUACAAAUCCGUAUAGCAUUCCAGUUUCAAGUUGUUUUUUUUAAAGCAAAGUUAUUAUUGCCAAAGUAGAGAUGUAAAAUCAUGAGUUGUCUUAUUCAUGCCAUUAGUAUUGCAUUGCACAA